AUGGAGUCGGAUGAGCAAGUGAAUGAAAAUUUAAAAAUGCAGUUUAAGACUCUUCAGGAGCAGCAGCAGAAGCGGAUGCAAAAUUUGCUGGAGAAAAAGAAAGAAAAGCAGCAGCAGAGUCUAACCAAGUGCCACACGGACGGACAAAAGGACAUCUUUGGCGUGCCAGAUGAUCUUGUGUUAUCCACGCUGGACUGUCAGGUGGCAAAGGAGGACUUCGGCAAAAGGUUGCUCGAGGAUGAAAACGAACAGUUGCAGCAGCAGCUCCGGGAGACUGCGGAUGAAAACGGCCGGCUGUACAGGCUGCUGAAGGAGCGAGACUUCGAGAUCAAGCAGCUGCAGAAGAAAAUAGAGGAGGAAAGGCUGGCCUUGAUAGGAACGGGUGGCUUGACAGGAGACGUCGCUGCCAGCAAAAUCGUCCAGUUGGCCAAACAGAACCGGCACCUGACUGCCGAGGCCGAAAAGGAGAAGACCAAAGUCAAGCAGCUGAACAAUCGGAUCAGAGAGCUGGAGAGAGAAUUGCUUCUGUCCACGGCCAUGGUCCAGUCGCAUGGAGGCAAAGAUGGUCAAUCUGUGCGCAAAAUGGCGGAAGGGCCCUUGAGCCCAGAGAUGAAAGCCUUGCAGGAGAAAUUGUCGGCGGCCAGCUUGAAAGUCUCCGAAUAUCGCAACCAGCUCCAGACCAUGAAACAGGAGCUUAAAGUGGCACAGAAGCUUUUAGGAAGUGAAGUCGGAGAGGAGGUCAAUGUCCAAAAUCUCAUGUCCAACCCCGGCAGCUGGCGUGGCCGAGCUCAGCAGAUUCUCGUCCUGCAAGGCAAAGUCCGGGAGCUGGAGAGCCAGCUGGGCCUGGGCAAGAGCGGGACAUCCUUGAGCGGCGGAGACGAAGACGCCAGUGCUCUCCUUGGCCCAGGGAAGAGAUCGGCCCAGAGGAACCUGCUACGGAUUAAGAGCUUGGAGAGAGAAAAGAAAGAAGCCCUGGAGAAGCUGACCAAUGAACACAGCGCCCUCCAGAAGGAUCAUGAGGAGGUGAAAAAGAAGUUGGAUGCUUCCAAGGCGAGGAACCAAGUGUUGUCCGGGGAAGUGAAAACCCUGAAGGAGCAGAUCUCAACCCUGUUGGACAAAGGGAAGCACGACGAUGAACUGAUAGACGCUCUGAUGAGCCAGCAGAAGGAAAUGCAAGUCAUCCUGAGGAAUCUGAGUCAGCAGGAAGAGAGGAACAAGGAAUGCCGCCAGAGUUUCGGGCAACAGCUGAACGUCCAGGAUCAGAGGCAGAACUGCAUCAUUGAGCAGCUCAAGCAGAUGCUGGGCGAGCGAGAAGCUCGGGUGAGGGAGCUGGAGGAGAAGGUCGGGCAGCUCACGUCGCAGCAUCAUCUUCAUCGACCAGAGGAAGGCACAUCAGAUUCCACUUCUCCUCUGUCUGCAGAGUCUUUGGAAGAGGAGAAUUUCACUUCAGCAUCCAGGAAGGGGGACCACGUUGGAAGGAACACCUCUGCGAGGAUCGUGUCUCACAUGGGGCACACCCUGGUGGAUUCUGCUGCAACUUCAUUUCCCACGGCUGUCUCUCCUGGCAGGCCUCUUGGUCCUGACGACUCAGAUGCGGAAGCCCUGAAGGUCCAGAUCGCGGAGUACAAAGCUCUCUGUCACGCUGCCGAAGCGGAGCGGGACAGGCUGCUCGAAAUGGUCGGCAUCCUCCAGAAAAGGGUAGAUGAUAGCUGCGCGAAGGUUUGGGAGGCCGAGAAGAUGCUUCAAGAGCAACAGCGCAAGAUCAUCGCUCUCGAGCAGCAGCUGGAGAGACUCAGAACGGACUCCAGGAAGAACAGCAGCAUACCAAAGCCCCCCUCCAAGGGCAAAGCAGGUCAGUCCCUCAGUAGCACCAGGCUCAGCUGGAACUCGAGCGAGAAGAAGGAUCCUCCACCUGCCGAACUCUCGGAAGUGCCUCUGGAGUCCCAAAUAGAAGACCUUUCCGCAAGGCUUGCAGUCCAACUAGACGAGAACGCCAGCUUGAAGACUGCCUUGGAGAACCUGGUGAAGAUAAAAGAGGAAGACUUCCGGGCGUACCAGGAGACCAUGGGCCAGAUCAAGGAGAUCUUCCUUCAGGCCCUGAGGCAACAGAAACAGGAGAGAAGCUAAACCAGGG